AUGCUUCAAAAUCGCGAGAAGGGGCCGAAGGCACCUAUCCCAUUGACUACUUUACCUCCAUUCUCCGUCCAUAUUUUGGGACAAAACGCAGAAAACAAACCUCUACCCAUUGCCGAAGAUUUGUCUGCACUUCUACCAGCAGCAUAUCGAGACUCAGACGACAACUUAGGCGACCCAUAUUCUUCCGAUACAGUGAUUUGCAGCUGCGUCGAUCAAGAGCUGGAUUUGAAUCGGUUAGCUGAGAUCCAUGAUUGGCUUUGGAUGGCUGGUCGACCCAUCCCGCCGCGGCCGUUGCAUUACCAGUCCCUACGCGGUCGAGCCAUCCAGAUCACGGAACGAAUGGACAUGCACUUAGUGUGGGGGAACGGUAAAAUCUUCAUCAAGCCAAUACCGAGAUUUCUUCUCGAUAUGCGGUUUUGGGAGCUAUACCUGUGCUGCAAGCCGUAUGAAGAUGGCCAGCACAGCGAUGAGCAAGACUACGCCCGUCAAUCACGGUAUCAGCGGGCCUACGGCUUUCUCUUCUCGUACACUGCAUUAAUCAGUCACGAAAGUGAUUUCCAGUUAGCACGAGACAAAUAUCUACUUCCGCCAGACGUUGAGUGGUCGGCGUGGAGAGCCCUCGUCAGGGAACUGCUGUGCUUGGAAAACAUCUUUUCGCAUAUUGACCCUCGCUUCUAUUACGGCGAGCUCCGCCUUGGCCGCUUGAACAAGAUUCAUUAUCUAUACAAAACACCUUUCCGAUCCUAUGAGCCCUUUUGGAACCAAUACGCGACAUUCUUCCAAGAUAAUUUUGCGUGGCUAGCUAGUUUGACAGUUUAUCUUGCUGUCGUUUUGACCGCCAUGCAGGUCGGGCUUGCGACAGACGCACUAAAAGACGAUGCGGCAUUUCAUACAGCAUCGUAUGGCUUCACUGUCUUGUCCAUUUUGGGACCACUUGUUUUUGCGGUCGGUAUGGUGUUGAUAUUCUGCUACGUGUUUGCUGCCAACUGGAUUGAAACAAGAAGAUUCCACAGGCGAAGAAUGGAGGUGAUAAAGGACAAUAUCGGAAAGCGUCUUCCAAGAAAAGCUGUCCCUGUAUGA